AUGGUAAACUGGGGCAGCAGCCCCGGCUGGGGGCCCACCUGGCCUAGAAAGGCCCCAGCCAGCGCCCGCAACCAGCAGGAGGGUCCCUCGGGGCCCCCGGGGCCCCCGGCGGGGCCCUGCGGACCCCAGAGGGGACCCGCCAGGGGCGCCGCCAGGGGGCCCCCCUGCCCCCCUCAGGAGAGCCCUAGGGCUCUGUGGGGACCUAUCAAGGGUAGGGGCCCCCUGGGCUGUUUGGGCUCUUCACCUGUUGAGGGUUUGGAUCAGCCACGGGGAGUGGGGGCCUCGGAAAGAGGGCCCCCGGGGGCCCCUCCGGUGAGUGGCGCUAUCCUGGGGGGGCCCCUGAGGUCUACAGGGGCCCCCAUGGGAGGCCCUCGGGGCCCCUCACGAGGGCCUGCGGGCCUGGGGGCCCCUUCGGGGCUGGCUGUCUCAGGGGCCCCCAGGGGGCCCCUGGGCGCUAAGGCCGCAGGGAGGCCCUCUGGAGAAGCUGCGGGAGGCCUCAAAAUGCCUUUAAUAGAAAAAGCCUUGGGGGCCCCCAAGGGUACCUCUAUUGGGGCCCCAAGGAGCCCCCUGAAGGGGGCUCUGGGCGCUUCUUUGCAGUGCUUCGGGGCCCCCCUGAAGCCGCUUCAGCAGCGCGUGGGGGCCCCCUUAGGGGCUUCAGUAAGGCCUGGAGCAAGCAGCAGCACCACGCAGCGGGAAAGGGUACCUGGGGGGCCCCCCUUGGCCCGCAGCUGCCCCUCGCAGCAGCUGCAGCGGGCAGCAGCGCUGCGAGGGGGCCCCACCUCGAGGGCCUCUUUGCUUCCCUGGGGCCCCUACCACCACUGCACUGAACCCCCACUAGAGAGGGGUCCCUCUGCUGCGGGGAAGUCUCAGGGGGCCCCCAGUCUGCAAAGGCCCGCAGAAAAGCCACAGAAGCUUUCUGGCUGCGGGCAGCAGCAAACCCCUCCCCACAGGGGCCCCCAAGAAGAGGCCCCCAUGCCCCUUUGCUCUUACGUGGAGCCGCUGCCCCGCAGCUUUCUUGAGGGUUUGAGGCUGCAGGGCAUUUCUCUGGGGCCCGAAGAGGCAGCAGCAUAUGAUGCUGCAGUGCGCAGCAACUGCCUGCUGUGGCUGCCGCUGAAUAGGCGCGAGUUGCUGCUGCUGCCGGCCCUGGUGGUCUACACUUUUCUGCAGAACUUCUCCGUGGCUUCGCAGACCAUUUGCUGCCUCGCAGCAACUCCGCGGGGGGCCCUCCAGCUGCAGGGGGCCCUGCAGCGGGCCUUUGCAUUGCUGCUGCAGCAGCCGCAGGGCGACUGCAGCGCCCCGGGGGGCCCCUCUGGGGGCUCUGGCGUGGGGCCCCACCCCCUGAUUGUGCGGCUGUGCUCUCCCCGCAGCACAGCAGCAACAGCAGCAGCAGACUAUAGAGAGAAGCUCUGGCAAAAAGCGCAGCUGCAGGUCAAGUGGGGGGACCCCGCUACCUGGGAAGCCUACCGGGGGGCCCUUAAAGAAUUCACCGAGGCCCUCAGGGACCAAAAGGGGGUACGGGGGCCCCACAGCUUUGCUGCAGCUAAGCAGCCAGCAGCAGCACAAGAGCGGAUAACUGAAGAAUCUAAAGAGACUAAAGAAACUAAAGAAACUAAAAUGACUAAGAAGACAGAGCCAGAGGCUGAGAAAAAGAGGAAUUUGCCUCUCCAGCUAUGGGCCUGCUGCUGCUGCGCUGCAGCUGCCGUGGCCCCCAAGGACCCCACAAGAAAGGCAGCAGCUAAAUCUCCUCCAGCCCCUAGCUCCCUUUCGGUACGCCAGGUCUCAGCGCGAGGCGCUGCAGUCUAG